CCAGGUCCCGGAAGCGAAAGCUACUCCGCCUCUUCCGAGCCAGGUCGCGACCUUGAGGCCGGGAUCAGGUUUCCGAGCGAGCGUGUCGGGCCUCCCGGGGCUCUGAAGCCCCCUUUCUCGCCAUGGCUGCGGCCCGAAACCUGCGCACCGCGCUCAUAUUUAGCGGCUUCAUCUCCUUGGUCGGCGCCGCCUUCUACCCUAUCUACUUCCGGCCCCUCAUGAGGCUGGAGGAAUACCAGAAGGAGCAGGCUGUAAAUCGAGCUGGUAUUGUCCAGGAAGAUGUCCAGCCACCAGGGUUGAAAGUGUGGUCCGAUCCUUUUGGCAGGAAAUGAGGCUGUCAGUAAAUCUGAUGAGAAAAGUGAGCAUCUUCAUCCUGUGCACUCUGCAGUGGGGACAAUAGAUGGUUCACUGUGGCCACAUGGCUGGAGAGGGAACACUCAUGCUGCCAGCCAGAACCCUUAUGAUAGAGACUGUGUGCAAAGACAGUGCUUCCUCUAAGUCCCUGGAGAACCUGAACAGAUGACAUCAUUAGGAAGCCCUCAUGGCUCCAGUGACUUUGCAGGAGCAGAGCCAGCCUGCAGAGCUGUUGGUGGAAGAUCUGCUCCUCGUGCAGUCUUUAUCACUUCCAAGCUGUGAUGUGAACACAAGCAACCUGUGGGCGCAAGGGCCUCAGCUGCUUUGCCACCUUUGGAAUAAGCAGUUUCAAUGCAAAUGUCCAUGCCAAGCUGCCUUGCAGGAAUCUGAGAAUGUUCCAGUCGAUAAAGCUGUUUGAGGGCAGGAUCCUCGGCUCUGUUUAAGAAUACACUGCACAGCUUAACCAUCUCAUUGAAAUUCCCUGGGUUGGGAAGUAAAUAGAUAGGAAGCAAGUCACGCCAGACUGUACUACACACAGUAGAAUCAUGGGUGAGCCUGCUAACAGCAAGGCUUUGGGUAUUAAAAUGGUUUCUCUUUGC